AUGAAUUCUAUCCGUAAAAGUUACACUAGCAAUAUUAGUAGAAGAGAGUCUUUAGAAACUAUGCCAACAGUGUUCAAUGCAGAUUUGCUGAAUUUAUAAUUUGUGAAUAAGAAAAAAGAGGUAGACAUCUAUAUAUAUAUAUAAUUAGGUUAUAAAUGAGUAUGUUGUUAAAAGAAAGGCGGAAUUAUUAGAAGAAAUGAAAUAAGAAGAAAUUCAUUAAGAAUAUGAUAAUAAAACAGAAAUUUAAAAUUUAAAAGCAUUAAUGGCUAGCAUUAGAUAUUAAAAUGAUCUCAUGAAGUUAAAUUUAAAAUCAUACGAGUAAAUUGAUUUUCAAUAAAAUAAAUUCAUGACAAUCCCUAAAAAUGAUUUGGAAAAUGUUAAUAAUUAAAUAGAUUCUGAAUAAGAAUAGAAUUAAGCAUUAUAGCAACAAAUUCAAUUAAUAGGUCGUUCAUUAAGAAAAAAUUAAAAAUACAAUAAUUCACUUAUAGAAUAGUUAUAAUUGUAUACGAAGAAAUAACCUUAAAUUUAUUUAAAAGAGUUCUAAAAUUAGCAAGCAUUUGAUGCAGCAAAAAAGUAAAAUAAAAAAAUAAAAAAUGCUUUAUAAGAAGAAAAAGAAUGGUAAUACAAAUAUCUGUUUGAAAAUACAGCAAGUUAUGAACAUAAAAACUAAAUAGUUAAGUAAUUAAUUAUUAAAUAAAUUUUAGAGAGAGUUUAGAAAGUUUAUGUUAAUAAGAAGAAAGAUUAAAAUAUCUAUAAGAAUAAUUGAUUGUAACAGAAUAAUAGAUUCAAGAUAUUGAUUUAGAAAUAUCAACUAAAUUUAACAAAAUUGAGGAAUGUGCAGAGUUUUUAGAUGAAUUAGAUGAUUUUGACAAAAUUAUUCUGAUAUUUGUAAUGGAGGAUCCAAAAGACUUUGAAUUACCUGAAAUAUUGGAAAAUGCAAGAUUUCAGUUAUAGAGACCAAAAAAUAGAAUGUAAAUUGCUGAUAGUGAAUAAGAAUAUAUUGAUAGAGCUAGAUUUAGCAGUGUUAGUUCUAGAAUGAAGAUAUUUUUAAAAUUUCACAAUAAUAAUUUAUAGAAAUCUAUUGAUGAUUUAAUUUAAGUAUAUCGUAAAUUAUAAUUUAAUGAAAUGACUUUAAAAAAUAGGUAUGAAGAUUUAUUAGAUUAAAAAGCAAAAUUAAAAUAAACUUUAGAAGAUUUAAAUUCCUUAGAAUUUUAUGAAAUGGAUGAUAUUUAAUUUGAGAGAGAUGAUUAACAUAUGAAUAUAGAAGAAUUGAAUGUAGAAGCAGCAUUAGUGUCUAAAAAUUAAUAAAUUAGAUUAGUUGAAAAUAAUGCUUAAUUCGUAUUGAGAAUGUACAGUAUGUUGACAAAUGUAUUAUUUAGAAUGAUAAAUUCUCUUUUAAAUAUAAAAGAAGUAUUAAAAACAUGUCCUUCUGAAUUAUUUGAUUAAGAGUAUGAAUUAAUUAAUUUUUAGCUUUUAUUUAAAAUGGACAUAUAAUAAAUUAUAUUCAAAACUAAGUACAAUUCAUGAUUAAUUGGAAAAUCAAUUUAAGAUUAAAAUAGUGGUUAAAGAUCCUGUAAUUCGUAAUUCAAAUUAAUUAUUAAAUGCAAUAUAUGAUCAUCUUGAAGAUCGUCCGGCUAAAAGAAAAACAUUACUACCAAUAGUUCAAAAAUAAGGUGUUUAAGAAAUUUUAGGUUCUCUAUUAGAUAAGGAUGAAUUGAAAUAAGUUUCUGAUACAAUUAGUUAAGAUUCUAUUUUAGCUUAAUUCUUUUCUUUUAAUGAUUUGCAAAAUAUUAUUACUUAAAUUGAGAAUUUCAAUAUUGAUGGUUUAUUAAAGAAAAUAAAAACAGAUGGAUAUGAAACAGCAUUAACAACUGCAAGAAGAUAAUUAAAAUUUUUGUUAAAUUUCAUAGAAGAGGCAAUCUUUGAUUGUAAGAAUAUUUAAGAAUAAUAAAAUUAAGCUAAGCUGUUACAAUAAAAAUAUAAAUUAUAAGAUUUGAUGGAAAAGCACAUGAAUAGUUAUGAAUUCAAACCAAAAGAAUGGAAAAAGGAUGUAAUUGAAAGUAAAAUAAAAUAAUUAAUGCCUUUAAAUGGUUAACCUUUUGAAGAAUAACCAUCUCCUAUAAAUGAAUAGAAAACAUAAUAAUAAUUAACAACUUAACAUCCAACACCAAAAAUACAAACUGUAAGAUCUUGUAAAACAGAAUAAUCUCCUAAUUAAAUUAAAAGAUUUAUAUUUACAAUAGAUUCUUAAAUACCAAAUUGUUCUUAAUCAUAAGCUAAUCAAUUAUAAUCUGAUCCUAUUUUUAUUCAUUUACAUCAUAUGAAUAGAAAGAUAAAGACUAUGAAUAGAUCUUCAACCCAAUAAAAACCUAAUCCUCCACAUUAAUUUGAUGUUCUUUUCAGUAAAAAGAGUGUAGAAUUAUCUCGAGAUUCUAUAACUAAUUUACAAUUAAAAUCAACACCUAUUUAAUAAAAUAAAGUUAUUUUAAGAACAAGUUCAAAAUGUCCCAAAUUAUUAAAUAAUACAAAUAAUAGCACUAAUUUAAUUUCAACAAGAUCUAAAUGUAAUACCAAGAUUUCAAAUGAUUAAAAAUUUGAGUUACCUUAAUCUGUGAGUAAAUGUCAAUUAUCAUCAACUUAUGGAAUUGCUAAUAAAAAAUUAUAAGAUUUCUUUCAUAUGACAAGCAUUAAAAAAAAAUGA